GCGGCUGAGUGCUGGCUGGAAUGCUAGCUGCGGUCCCGGUCCCUCCAAGCCGCGCGAUGAGCAAGUGGAGCGUCGGGAGAAAGCCCAGCCGCACACUCGGACUCCUGCUGCUGGUGAUCUUGAGUUACCUGGUGCUCCGCAGGUUGGACUGGUAUAAUCUGGUCCCUGCAUGGCUGAGACACCGGCAAUCAGGGCUGCAGGCCAACGGCCAACACUUCAUGCUGGAGGACUCCACCUUCUGGAUCUUUGGGGGCUCUGUGCACUAUUUCCGGGUGCCCAAGGAAUACUGGAAGGACCGCUUGCUGAAGAUGAAAGCCUGUGGCUUAAAUACCCUCACCACCUAUGUUCCAUGGAAUCUCCACGAGCCAGAAAGAGGCAAAUUUGACUUCUCUGGGAACCUGGACCUGGAGGCCUUUGUGCUGAUGGCUGAAGAGAUUGGGUUGUGGGUGAUUCUGCGUCCAGGCCCCUACAUCUGCAGUGAGAUCGACCUCGGGGGCUUGCCCAGCUGGUUACUCCAAGACUCUGGCAUGAGGCUGAGAACAACUUACAAGGGCUUCACCGAAGCAGUGGACCUUUAUUUUGAUCACCUGAUGUCCAGGGUGGUGCCACUCCAGUACAAGCAUGGAGGCCCCAUCAUUGCUGUGCAGGUGGAGAAUGAAUAUGGUUCCUAUAACAGAGACCCCGCCUAUAUGCCUUACAUCAAGAAGGCCUUGGAAGACCGGGGUAUUGUGGAAUUGCUCUUGACUUCAGACAACAAGGACGGCCUGCAAAAGGGAGUCAUGGAUGGAGUGCUGGCCACCAUCAACUUGCAGUCACAGCAUGAGUUGCAGUUAUUAACCAACUUUCUCUUAAGUGUCCAGAGGGUUCAGCCCAAGAUGGUGAUGGAGUACUGGACCGGGUGGUUUGACUCGUGGGGAGGCCCACACAACAUCCUGGAUUCUUCUGAGGUUUUAAAAACAGUGUCUGCCAUUCUCGAUGCUGGCUCCUCCAUCAACCUCUACAUGUUCCAUGGAGGCACCAACUUUGGCUUCAUAAAUGGAGCCAUGCAUUUUCAUGACUAUAAGUCUGAUGUCACCAGCUAUGACUACGAUGCUGUGCUGACAGAGGCGGGGGAUUACACAGCUAAAUACUUCAAGCUCCGAAGUUUCUUUGGCUCCAUCUCAGGUAUUCCUCUCCCUCCCCAGCCUGACCUUCUUCCCAAGAUUGCAUAUGAGCCCUUGAGCCUGAAUUUUUACCUGUCACUGUGGGAUGCCCUGCAGUACAUGGAGGAGCCAGUCAAUUCUGAAAAACCAGUCAAUAUGGAGAACCUGCCAAUAAACAAUGGAAAUGGACAGUCAUUUGGGUACACUCUGUAUGAGACUACCAUUGCUUCAUCAGGUGUCCUUAGUGGUCUUGUGCGUGACCGGGGACAGGUAUUUGUGAACACAGUGUCUAUAGGAUUCUUGGACUAUGAAAAGAAGAAGAUCGUUAUUCCCUUGAUCCAGGGUUACACCAGGCUGAGGAUCUUGGUGGAGAAUCGUGGGCGAGUCAACUACGGGGAUAAUAUUGAUGACCAGCGCAAAGGUUUAAUUGGAAAUAUCUAUCUGAAUGAUUCUCCCUUGAAAAAAUUCAGAAUCUACAGCUUGGAUAUGAAAAAGAGCUUCUUUCAGAGGUUCAGCGUCGACAAAUGGAGCCCUAUCCCUGCAGUACCUACGUUCCCUGCUUUCUUUUUGGGUGUCUUGUCAAUUUCACUUUCCCCUUUUGACACCUUCAUGAAGCUGGAGGGCUGGGAGAAGGGGGUUGUAUUCAUCAAUGGCCAAAACCUUGGACGCUACUGGAACAUCGGACCCCAGGAGACCCUCUACCUCCCAGGUGCCUGGUUGGAUCAAGGCAUCAACCAGGUCAUUGUUUUCGAGGAGAAGAUGGCAGGCCCUGUGAUACAGUUCACUGAAACACCCCACCUAGGCAGGAACCAGUACCUUGAUUGAGCAGCACCUCUCCUGCGCCCCCUGGAAGCAGGAGAGCACCACUGUCCUCCCAGCUGAGCAAGGCCUGGUGCUCUGCUCCCUGACACUCUCCCAUGUGGGAGAGUUUCCUUAAGUAACAUUCUCAGGCAGCCACGGGGGCUACAGCUCUGCCCCCUACUUUAAUUCAAGGCCCUAAACUUGGAAGAACUGAAGAAGAGAAGUGGAAUAGGAGGGAGGGACCCUCUUCUUACCUAAGUGGCUUCUUGACUGGGCUUUGUUGAUGGCACCUUUCUACUUUCCUGCUCUUUGGGAGAGGACAGAGGGAUGUCUCUCUGGGGGGUGGGAAUGUCUCAUCAUAUCUCCACGUGAUGAGGUUUGCUUCUGUGAUGUUCUCACCUGCACUCAGCAUGGCCCUCAUGGCCCCUUUUCAUUUCUGAAAUAGAAGGUUUGUCACCAUUUGUAUAGAAUGGGGAAGGGGGUGGAUGUCUCACCUCUCUCUGGGAUUCUGGAAGAAGCUCCAUUUGAGAGACACACACAUCUUCUUCUUUUCCUUUCCACUUUAACUGCAUCUGACAGGAUGACAAGCCAAGCUUAGGAGAAACAGAAAUACUCAGCCUGAAUUAGAGAAUAUUUCUGGUUUUACUUGAUGAGAAGGAACAUCAGCUGAGGAGGGAAUGCAGGCCCUAGAAGAAACCACACCCCAAUAUGAGGGCCCAGCUCCAGUGGCUUGGGCAGGGAGCCUCCCUGCUAUGUUGGUGUAACCACGGGGCCUGCAAGCCUAGACCAGACCUUGCUUCCGGCUCAGUCUCUCCUUCAAUCCUUGUAACUAAGCAGGAGGGAGGAGAGCCAGUCUUCCUUUGCAACUGUCUGUCCAAAUUUGAGGUGCUUGUUCUAGGGAUCAAGUCCACUGGUUUGGCUUAGGUUCACUGUCCUGAAUUGCAAUAAAGCAAGAGUUGAAUCAAACCCUUUUUAGUGAUAUUUCUGAUCCCAUCUGUGCCCCUCUUUACCACAGGCAAAGGCAUUGUGGUGUCAGGCACCCAUUUAGUCUAUCUGGCACUGAGAAUCUAGACCCUGACUUUACCUAGUUAGUGGAUGAUCUAGCCCCUGGCUCCUUACCACCUCCCUCCUGACCUUCAUUCUGCCUGACAUGUCAUUGUGGAUUGGUAGUGCCCUUGGAGAGGAGAAGUCAAGUACAUAUUCACUCUGGUGCUGGUGGGCAGUUGCAAGAAUCUGCUAGAUAGCCAAGAGCUCGACAUGUGAGUUAGCUACAGAGGGUGAGUUUUCCUCACGAAUAACAUCUGUAUUGUACUGCCAGAAACUAAUUAUUGCCAGUAAUAAUCAAACGUAAAUAGCCAAUACCUCUCCAGGACAAUACCUAUGCCAGGAAUCCAUAAAGGCCUGUGGGGAAUAGCAGUCCAUGGGGCUCCCAGCCACCCCAUGGCUUACAUCUUGGGCUUGGCUAAGGAAUGGACUCUGCAGUAGGGCAUUUGUGGUGUGUAGCCACUGGGCCCAAGAGCUGAGCCUGGGUCAAGGACAUACAGUAACAAGGGGCUGGGCCCAAGGGUCCUACUAUCUGGGGAUGGCCAGCACUGGGAGCGGUGUCACUGUACCUUACUUUAUACCUGACCGUGUUCUUACAAAGGUGUAUGUAAAGGUUGGCUUUGUUGGAAGAUGUGAUAGGGAACUGGUAUUUAAAUGAAUCUUACAGCAAAUCCUUUUAUAAAGUGAAGAAUCCCCUUGAAUUGCUUUUAUCAAAAUCUGCUCAGGGAUGCAUUGGUCCUCUUGCCCCAUCUUACUGUUCUUGACCUUCUUAUCUGCCAGCUAACCCUGCAGCUUCUCUCUGUCAAAGCCCCUUGGCAGAGCUCAUCCUACAGAGUUUAUUCAUGUUUGUCCGGACCUUCCCUACUGGAUAGCUUCAUCACAGAAUCUUUAGAAGACUCUUCAUCACCCCCCACAUCUCUAGACCUGCUUCUUGGGCCUCUUCUUCCCUCUGUCCACACUCACUCUGGGUGCAUCACUAACCAGGGUUUGUAAACAGCCUGGAAAUUCAUGCUCUCCAAUGUUUAUCUCCAUCUGAGCUCCAGAUCUACUGGCUGUACACUCACCUUUGCUCCUGCAUGUGAUGACAAAGUCCGAUUACUCCCCCAUGAUCCCUGCUGCACUCUGUCCCAUAGCAGGAAAUGGUUAUUCUGUGUCUCAGAUUGGUUUUAGCUUCUCCAUUUUAUAUUGCACAACCACUCCACCACUCCAUUCUCCUGGCUGUAUCUCAGGCAUAUCCAGAACCUGACCACUUCUCUCUGUCCCAAGGCUUGCUCUUCUGACUCACCAUCAUCUCCUGCCUGGAUCAUGGCAGGAGCCACCUCUGCUAGCCUGCCCUGCCCUCUGUUUAUGGUCAGCACAGAAAGGGGAGUGAUUUCUUUAUAGGCCAGUUUGGCCCUUUGUUCCAAACCCUCCAACGGCUCCACUUCCCUUUUUACUUGCAGAAGCCAAAAGCUUGCCCGGUUCCCAGGGCCAGUAUAUUCUGUGCACCCCACCAACUGCAUCCAUCUUACCUCCCACCCAACCCCUCCUGUCUUGCCAGUCAGUUGUAGGCACACUGGCCUUUUGCUGAUCUUUAAAAAUGCUAAGUACUCUCUGCCUGGAAGUGAGUUCCCGUUUCUGGAAUGGUCUGAUCCAGGUAACUGUGUGUCUGUACUCUACUGCUCUGCUGGGUCCUCUCAUCAGGGAGGCCUUCCUGACCACCCUAGAGAGGGGAUCAACUCCUCCUCAGCUACACUCUGACACCCCUAUCUGGCCUCAUACUUCUCGUUAGACCAGAUCACAUCUAAAAUACCAUAUAUGCCCGGUGUUCAUCUGUCUUGUCCCUAAGGAGGGAAGCUCCAUGAAGACAAGUGCUCUGUGCUAGUUCCUAGAAUAAUGCCUGCUCAUAGUAGGCACCUGCCAAGUAAAUACUUGUUGGAUGGUUAAAGCAGUAAAUGAGAAUAAAGUAAGGCAGGGCUGCAGAGGAUUAGGGCUAUUAAAAACCAUGUUUGACUUUUAAUUUUGGAAACAAAUUAAAUACAGUUAAAUUAAAACAGACCAGAUGGUGCAGCUGCACAGGCUCCACCCUCACCCCAGGCUCUGUUCUGGUGGCUCCUAGACCCCGGCCUCACUCUUGUGGUGGGGAGCAGGAACACACUGGGUUUGAGAAACAAAUUGUAGUCACGGACCCAACUCUGAUGGAUAACAAACUCAUUCCCAACAAAGAUGAAAGCUGCAGUCCACCAGGGUUAUAAUUAUAAAUAAAUACACAUGCGGCUAAGAGAGGCUAUUAGGUGAAAUCAACAGAAAUAGCAUCCGCCAAAAAAAACAAAAAUAAAAACAGAAUAUCCCAUUUUGUUGUUCAUUAUCAAUUUCCUGAAAAAUAAGCCCUGGGUUUUUGGCUAAGAAGGUGGCCUAAGACCAGCCAGGCUGACCUGAGCAUUCAGGGCUGGUUUCAGUGAGUGAGGCAGUGCUGUGCCUGGGCAUGAAUUCACUCAUUUGGUGGGUGCCCUGUGCACACCUCCUCCCUCCCCUCCCAUGACACCCCACUUGAUUCUGAGGGGUUGAUUUCCAGAGCCACCAUAGAAAGUAUAAGAGGCUGGGAAUAUCCUGCAAGGUGGCUCAGGGUUCUCAGGGAUAUGAUCCCAUCGAAUGGUUUCACGAAUGCUGUGGGAAGUUAAAUCCAUUUCAAAAUAGGCAGCCAAUGCUAUUUUUUGAAUGUUAGGUUGCUGGACUGAAUCCUACCCACCCACCCAGGAGUGGGUUCUUAGCGGUCCUCAGACCGGUCCUGUGAGUUUAAAUGGAGUGGGGGCUGUUAGGGUUAAAAAAUAAACACCUCUUCAGUAGGCUCAGGCCUUUCCUUUUCCUCCAGUUGGGAGGAAAAUUGUGCUUCCAACUUUCAGGAGCAUGAGUGAUAGCCAGCAGAGGGCUGUCCCUGUCAGUAGCCUCCAGGUACAGAGAAGUAACACAUGCACACUGUUCUUCCUCAGGGGUGGGGGUGGGGGGAGAGGGAACAAGCAGCAGGCUUGUUCUCAUGCUCCCAACUCAGGGAGAAGGGAGAGUUUUGUUCCCAUUUUGUGUUUACAAUAGAAUGAUUUCCAAAGUAAUGUGUGCUCAGGUCUCCUUUCCCCUCAGGAUCCAAAUGAUCUCUGCCCCUUUUCCACAAGUCCCUUUGCUAACCCAAAGCCCCUUCCUCCCUUAAACAGGGGCAGGAAGGAGUACUGGAUGGCCCCUGCCUCCCUCCUCUUUCUGCCUUGCCCACCCCUGGCUCACUUCAGCCCCUGAGGUCUGUGGUUCUCAAGAGCUCCAGAAAGAGGGCUCCUGCCCUCCCCAGUCCCAGCCCAAGCAAGAGGCCAUGGAGCCCAGUGGGCAGUGGGGAGACAGUGUCUAGACAGGGGCCCGCAUGAUCUUAGUCCAGGUCAGUCCAUGACCUGUGCUGGCUCGAGGGCCCACCUCCUUCCCUGUGCUGGAAGGAGCAGGCUUGAGGGAUGUGGGCCCGGAGUAGGGGACUCCACUCCCACCACAAGCCUGAGGUAUGGGGGAGCCUGAUGGCAGGCCCAGGCUCCCCUCAUGCAGGGUGGUUGCCUGUUGGGAUCAAAGACAGCCUUAUGCUCUGGAAAUAGGAACCAGAGGAAAGCCACAGAGGUAUGUCUACUUGAGAGCAGCUCUCCGAGGACAGGGUGGGGCAGUGUUCCUGAUGCCUGGGCAGGGGGCUGUUCUCUGGUCUUCAGAAUUCCCUGGCCAGGUGGCCUGUGCAGUCGUGCUGGGCCCCAGGAGCAGGGAGCCAGGCAAGGCCACACUGCACUUGACAGCUGGGGUCUUUUCACCUCUCUCCCAGCCUGGCAUCACUCCAGGGCUUAGGUGCCCACCGCAUCUGCUCCGUCAGGCCCUGUCAGUGCAGGAAGCUCUGGGGAGGCGUGCUGGGGCACCGGCUCGCUGGUUGGCAUGACUUGGCUAGCAGCUGGGCCCCUGGUCAUACUGGAUGGAAGG